AACACCGCCUCAUCUCUUCCUCUCCCUCUCUCUUCUCUCCAUCUCUCAGCAAAGGUAAAAACAACCUCAGAGGCUUUGCUACUUUUGGUAACAAGCAAACAAUCAACAUCUCUGAAACAAAAUGAAGAAACAGCAGCAAGAAGAUGAGAGUGCUGAUGGCACUGUAUCCUGUACAGCUCCAUCAUCUUCCUCCUUCUCAUCUGCCCUGGUUCUACCACCAACCCGGAGAUCCAUUUCUAUGGGUGACUUCCGUCGUGCCCAGCCAGGUUCUGAGAUGCCGUCGGCCCCUGCUACAGCACCAUCCUCCAAACUGGUGACCCCAAGCUCAAGCAUGGAGUUUGAGGCAGCUCGACGGCGCCUGCUGGAGGUUGAGGAACGUCGGCGUGUCAUCCAGGAAAUGGAGCGCCGCCUGGAAGAAUUGCGCGAAGUGUUUGUUGACUCAGAACGUAAGGCAGCUGAGCAUGGUGAGCUUGUGACACGAGUGGCAGCCACAGCUCAACAGAGUGAGCUUUAUGUUUCCGAAAACUCUCAGCGACUAAAGAAGGGGCUGCGCUUCAAACGGCAUCGGCCCACCAUCAUCUUCUCGUCCAUGCUGGGUCUCAGGACGUGUCUGCCAUGGCCCGUAAAACUCAAAUAGCAGUGGACGAGAAGAACUGGACUCGAAGAACUCUCGACCACUAGUCUGGAUUCAUCUAAGGGAAAUUGUUUCAGAAAACCCUAAAUAUUUAGCUUUCAUUCUUCAAGUGGAAUCUCUCCUGAGGACAGGGAUGAGAACACUCAUGAGUCCUGCUACAAUAAUGUGAGACACCACACUACUGCUCAGAGAUCUGUGUGAAUGUAUGUAUGUAUGUAUGUAUGUAUGUAUGUAUGUAUGUAUGUGUGGGAGAAGCUUCAGUGUCUUUGUGUUGUGUGCGUUUUUUUUAAUACAUUUUUGUUAUUGAAAAGAGAGAAAGCCUCAUAGGUGCUGUGAAACUGCUUGGAAAAUCAAGUUAUAUGAUGAUGGACCUAGAGCACUCAAAACUCAGAAUUCUCUUUUUCUAUGAAAAACACUUUGCCUACAGCCUUGAAUAGUGUAGAAUUGACGUCAAACUUUCAUCCACAAGUCACGUUUAGCAUCAUUUGUGUUGGUUGUUAUGGUUGCUGCUCUUUUCUCUUGGGUGCAGAGCUUGGACACAGGGGAAGGAGCUCUCGUCACCUCACGCACAGUCUCCUGUACUGUCUCUUCUGCCGAAAAGCUCUUCUACUUUGUGUUUGCUCCUGAAUGUUUGGUAAUACCAACAGAACCUCCAGAAUUGCAACCUAACAUCAAUUAGUUAUAGUUUUUCAUGUGGCUGCUUUACCUUAUGCUGGGUUCCUAGAUGGUUCUACUUUUAGUCACACAAGGACCUAUAUAUAUAGCUUCUUUUGUCUGUAAGGGUACGUUUAGGGCUUAAACAUACAGGUAUAAGAUAAAAACACCGGUGCAAAAGAUCAGAAUUGAUGUGAUGGUUCCCUGUAUAUAAAUAGAUGUACUUAUACAUUGCCAUUUCAACAGGGUCAAUAGGAACUCGCAUUAAGCACCAAUGCUGCAUUUUUAACUACAUUUGCUGUCUUCUGAAUGUCUUUCAACGAUAUUGAAAUCCUUGAAUAUUGAAAUAUUUUCUGUCUGUGUGCAUGUCUCCUUGUGUACUCAUGAGGAAACAGCAGUUUAUGAAGCUCAGGAGAAAGUCACCAGGGAUUUCUAUUGUUAGUAAGAGCAGGUUAGGACAAGAAGGUUCAGUAUCUCAGAGAGAGAACACACUAAUUUCACUGUUUAAUUAGCAGAAUAACCUUUAUGGGGAUUAGGUUUAUGUGGUCGUUGCAUUUUGAGAUGAUCUCUAAUUCUCCAUAGAAGUCUCCUCUGUGUAAUAACCCACUUGUGCCUGUGUAGAUAAAUGCUUUCCAAACACUAAACGUUAAGUUUGAUUAGUAAAAAAAAAAAACGCUUAAUAAGAAGCAUGUAGGCACAACUGCAGUUAAGAUGCAAGGAUUUGAUACCGAAAAAGGGAAAACAUUUGACGUUUGUUUUACUCAGAAAUAUACUCAGAUCAUUCAAACGUGAGGAAAAAAACGGAAGGUUCUGGAAAUCCUGUCAGG